AUGAAGGAGCAUUUGCAUAUCUUGGCGCUCGACAUAUUUCAGACCGCCAAAGAUAAUAAGAUUGACAUUGACGUUGAGUGGAUACCUCGUACUCAGAAUGAGAGAGCAGAUUAUUUGAGUAAGAUUGUUGAUUAUGAUGACUGGACAGUCAAAGAUUGCUAUUUUCAUGCUGUUACCUCUGUUUGGGGCCCUUGCUCAGUAGACUGUUUUGCUAGCUACAAAAAUAGCAAGGUUCCCAGGUUCUAUUCCAAGUACUUUAAUCCAGAUUCCUUGGGUGUCGAUUCGCUCGCCUUUAGUUGGGUCGGCGAAACAUAUUGGCUUGUGCCACCUGUUUCGCUAGUUAAGAAGGUCAUCCUUCAUGUCUGUUUGUGUCGUUGUCGGGGAAUUUUGGUAGUUCCUUAUUGGCCGUCAGCCCAUUACUGGCCCCUUUUGGUGGAACGCGGGGGUGUUUUCAAAUCAUUUGUUUCAGAUUGUCUCUACGUUGAGAAUGGUAAGGAUGUUUUUCUCUAUGGGGGAACAAGAUUUCCCUUUUUGGAUCAGAGAAUUUUAGUACCCCAGUGCUUUUUCUGUUGCUCGACGGGGCUGUACGGGAAUCUGUAUAGGUUGCUGUGGAGUUGUACGCCACUUGGCCGCUAGGCCGCUGGUCCGCUGGACCACUAGGCUACUGGGCCAGUUUACGACGAACGCACUAGUUUUUGCCAGUACAUGAAGAUUGUCCGUUUUUACGCCAUUGGCUGUCUGUGUGUAAGCCGUUUUGGCUGGUUGACUUUUUUCCUCAUUGAGGCGUCUUAUUUUUACUUAACUUGCUCAGUCGUUUGCUCAUAAUUAUUUUUCUUUUCUUAUUAUGUCUAUGUUUCUACAAGGUGGACGUGCAUUUGCUUUGAAGAGUGCUCAUCUAAAGGGUCCAGAGCUUCGUAAGUUAGCAGCCGAUCUUCCCUUGCGUACCAUUGAAGAGAAGGCUCCUUCGACGACGGACCGUUACUCAAGAGCUUUUCAGAAAUUCAGGGAAUGGUCUUCACCUUAUAACGAGGUCGUUUGCCUGCCAUCGGACGAGAUAUCAGUUGCUCUUUAUUUAGAGUCCCUGAUUCAAGGUGGUUCCCCUUAUUCUUCCCUAGAGUCUGCUUGCUAUGGUAUUAAUUGGGCGCAUAAUUUGUAUGGUUUUCAAAGUCCCUGCGAUUCCAAAUUGGUUAAGAACGUGCUCGAGGCGGCUAAAAGAGGUCUUGCGAAACCUGUUUCCAAAAAAGAACCCGUUACCCCCGCCAUGAUUUUAGAUAUUUGUAAUAGGUUUGCCGGUCCUAAUGCUAAUCUUUCUGAUCUUCGUUUAGCAACCAUUUGCGUAACCGCGUGUACCGCUUUUCUCCGCUAUAACGAGUUAGCUAGCCUACGCUGUUGCGAUGUUAGUUUUUGCGAUUCUUUUGUCAAGAUUUACGUUUACAAAAGUAAAACUGAUGUUAAUAGGGAUGGUGCCUACGUCUUGUUGGCAAAAAAAGGGUACGUUUCUUGCCCCUUCAAUCUGCUUCGCAGAUAUGUUUCAGCUGCUAAUUUAGAUUUGUCGCCUUCGUUACCCUUUUUUCGCUCUUUGUAUUUUCAUAAGGCAACCUCUACUUAUAGUUUGCGUAGU